GUUAUGCUCACUUUCCUGACGAAAAGUGUAAACAACGAAUCCGCGUUCUUCGUUCAAAGAGCACACGCUUACCGAGCUUUCCUCCAUAAUAACAUAAGAGCGAAUAGUCAGUUAAAACCAGCUGGAGUUAAAACACAGUUCGAGGAACAGAAGGAGUCAGAAGUCAGUCAGCAGAAUUUCCAAAUCGAAGACAGUCAAUCGACAAAAGAUACAUCACAGUCGCCAACAUAAAACGAGUCUCAGGUCGUAUUCAUUCGUAGUUUGGCAUUCCACAUAUGCAACAUUGUACCACUUUGAAGUUGUUGGAUCUUUGGAAAUAUAUAUUGACCUGUUAAUAUCAGCGGUAUAUUUAUUCAACCACCCUUAUUAUCUUAACCGAAAUAAGGGAUGGAACGAUUCGUGGCGCCAAUUAUUCAAAUCGUAACGAGAAUUUACGACCCCCGUUGGCACGCUUCUUCGAGAUCGCGUCUCCCCACGAAUGGUCGAAAGUUCAAAUAUAGAACUUUAUACUUUUAAUCUUAGAGUAAAAAACCCUUUAAAAAAACUCUUAUAUUCUUUAAUUCAUAAUUAUCAGGAUAUUUUAGCAAGAGAUACUGUAUACAUAUAUGUACAUUAGAGAAAAAUUUCGUUUUAAUUGUUUGAAUUAUAUCAAGCGUCUGUCAAUGUCUGUUCACGCAAAAGUCGUAUUGAUCAUUCAGAAUAUUGCACAAUAGUGUUAAUUCGCGUCGUGCUCAAGCCGUAACAGUUAAAUAUUUAUGUUGUUCAAAGAUAUUAUUGUCUAAUUGAGGUCGAAAAUUUCAUAGGCUGUCUUUUUGGGCAACUCCCGUCCAUCGUGAAAUACUUUAGCGGAAGUAACAUGCGCCACAGGAAAGAUCACGUGAAGUUCUAAACGUCUGCACGAGAAUUUGUAUCUUUACCAAAGGUAUCAUGUAGAUGUAGAUUAUAUAGCAUGUAUGAAAAAUCCCUACAUAUGAGAAUAAAUAUUCUUCGCGAGGAUACGUUAUAUUACGCUUCAAUAUGUUCGAAAAACAUAAUUGUAAUUAGAACUGGCGUGCUUAAUGAUAGUAUGGGUGAAUAUAUGCAUGUAGGAGCACAUCACGAAGCGGGAAUUUUAAACAAUUCAGCAACAUAUAAAGAAAACAGUUUUUAGGACAUCUUAUCGCUAAAUUUAGUACUAUGGCACACCCAUUAGUUGCAGUAUGUCAAAUGACAUCAACAAAUGAUAAAGGAAAAAAUUUACAAACUGUACGAGAACUAGCUGAGAGGGCUAAAUCUAGGACAGCUUGUAUUGCUUUCUUUCCUGAAGCCUGUGAUUAUUUAGCCGAUAAUAAAAAAGAUAUAAUAGCCAUGGCUCAACCUUUGAAUAGAUCAAUAAUAUCAAGCUACAAAGAAAUUGCUAAAGCAAAUAAAAUUUGGUUAUCGUUAGGUGGAUUACAUGAAGCAUUAAAUGACGAUAAAAAUCGUAUAAGUAAUACACAUGUUGUAAUAAACAGUGAAGGGGAAAUAGCCAGUAUUUAUCGUAAAAUCCAUUUAUUUGAUAUGAACAAUAAAAUUACUGGCGUGAGAUUGAUGGAAUCAGAUUAUGUCUUAGCAGGGCAAAAGAUUGAACCACCUAUAUCAACACCAGCUGGUAAAUUAGGUCUCAGUAUUUGUUAUGAUAUGCGUUUUCCCGAAUUAUCUCUUUCAUUAAGAAAUAUGGGAGCGGAAAUUCUCACAUAUCCAUCAGCAUUUACAUAUCAAACAGGUGCUGCUCAUUGGGAGGUAUUAUUGCGUGCAAGGGCUAUAGAAACACAAUGUUAUGUUAUAGCUGCAGCUCAAACUGGUACACAUAACAAAAAGAGAGUGAGUUGGGGUCAUGCAAUGAUUAUUGAUCCAUGGGGAACUAUAGUAGCGCAGUGUAGUGAAAAAACUGAUAUGGUUUUAGCAGAAAUUGAUUUAAACUUAUUAAAACAAAUUCGGCAAAAUAUGCCGUGCGAAAAUCAUCGUCGAACAGAUAUAUAUCCUAAAAUAGAACCCUGUAAUCUUUAAUUUAAAUGAUGUAUAUAUGCGUAUAUAUCUACAUAAUUAGCAAAAAGAAAGGAAAAGAGCAAAUGCUCGUGCUAAGCCCGAUAUUUUAUGUAAAGUAACUAGGGAUUGAAAUGUAAUAAACAUUAUAUUCUCUUAAUAUACAUAUAUAAAACAAACA